GAAAGUUUAGGGGGAAAGUUGAGCCGAGCGAGAAACCGGGCGGUGGCUGGAGCAGGCAGGAGGGCCAGACCCCGAUUUCCCUGCUGCUCCUCAGGUGGCCUGACGCUGACAGAGGCAAAAAUCUGCUAACUCAGGGGGCAGACUCAACCGGGGCUGCGAGCAGACCUGGGGAAUGAACCCCCAAACUCGAACCGGCGCCUUCCGCGGCUGCACGGCUGUCUCAAGCUGUCUCUGCCUCUGUGCCUGGCCCUUGCCCUGCCCCGCUCUAGCAACCCCCUUCCCUGUGCCACAUGGGCCCUCUGUCUCCUACCAGGACCAUGCGCCUCUGGGGGCCUCGGAGCCUGGGGGUGGCUCUGGGAGUCUUCAUGACCAUCGGAUUUGCCCUCCAGCUCUGGGGGGGUCCCUUCCAGAGGAGGUGAGUUCCCAUCUUGUCCCAACGCCCCACAGAUGCCCCCCCACUUGCUCCUCCCCGUCCCACCUGGGGCUGUGACUCUUGGGGACUCAAGAGGACGCUCCACGCCCUCGUCCUUUCUCCUCAAGACACUCAUCCACCUGCUGGUGAGGGACACAACACUUCCCCUCCCGUCUCUCCCCAGGCUACCUGGGCUGCAGCUCCGACAGUCCUGGGCCUCAACCCUGGGACCAGCUGUUCCAUCCUGCCUGCCACGGCAGCGACUCGUGUUCCUGAAGACGCAUAAAUCCGGGAGCAGCUCUGUGCUCAGUCUACUUCACCGCUACGGGGACCGACACGGGCUGCGCUUCGCCCUCCCCGCCCGCUAUCAGUUCGGCUACCCAAAGCUUUUCCAGGCCUCUCGGGUCAAAGGCUACCGCCCUCAGGGUGGAGGCACCCAGUCCCCCUUCCACAUCCUCUGUCAUCACAUGAGGUUCAACCUGAAAGAGGUACUUCAGGUCAUGCCUUCUGACAGCUUCUUCUUUUCCAUUGUCCGAGACCCAGCAGCUCUGGCCCGCUCUGCCUUCUCCUACUAUAAAUCCACAUCAUCGGCUUUCCGCAAAUCACCGUCCUUGGCUGCCUUCCUGGACAAUCCCCGAGCCUUCUACCAGCCCGGGGCCCGUGGGGACCACUAUGCACGCAACUUGCUAUGGUUUGACUUUGGCCUCCCCUUUCCCCCAGAGAUGAGGACCAAGAGAGGGAAUCCUCAUCCCCCCAGAGAUCCCAACCCGCCACAGCUGCCUUCUGGUGUUGGCCUGCGAGCCCACACCUUGGAUCCCAAUGCUCUCUUCCAUCCCGUUCCCACUGUUGCUGAUGGUCACAGCCGGACGUCCAGCUCUGCCUCUUUAGAUUUGAGGUCUUCAUCCUUCAUCCAGUGGAAUCUGGCCUGGCUGGACUCUGUCUUUGACCUGGUCUUGGUGGCCGAGUACUUUGACGAGUCAUUGGUCCUGCUGGCAGAUGCCCUGUGCUGGGGUCUAGAUGAUGUGGUGGGCUUCAUGCACAACGCUCAGGCUGGAGGUGGACAGGGCGGAAGUGCUGUCGGCGAUGGUGGACUGACUGCUGAGGACAGGCAGCUGUCUGCAAGGGCCCGAGCCUGGAACAACCUGGACUGGGCUCUCUAUGUUCACUUCAACCGCAGCCUGUGGGCACGGAUAAAGCAAUACGGCCAGAGCCGGCUGGACAGUGCUGUGGCGGAGCUCCGGGCUCGCCGAGAGGCCCUGGCUAAACACUGUCUGGUGGGGGGUGAGGCUUUAGACCCCAAGUACAUCACUGACCGGCGGUUCCGCCCUUUCCAGUUUGGAUCAGGUAAGGUUUUGGGUUACGUGCUUCAGAGUGGCCUGAGCCUCCAAGACCAGGAGGAGUGUGAGCGCCUGGCUAUCCCUGAGCUACAGUACAAGGACAAACUAGAUGCCAAGCAGUUCCCCCCAACAGUCUCUGUGCCCCUCAAGACUUCAAGGCUACCCUCCCCCUAGGCAGCAGGCCACUAAGUCUUAGGCUGAAAAGCAGCUGAGCCACAGGGGCACAGUGAUGAAUGUGAGGCAGCCACAUGCCCUUUCUGCUUCCCCCAGAGACCAUGUCUGCUCCCCAAAGGACCAGUGGAACUUAGCACGGAUGUGGGCCCCACAUCCUCCAGCCUGUGCCGAGGAAUCCUAGUCCUAGAAGCAUCCUCCCCCCAUCUUUCCCCUUUCCCUUCCCAGCACCUCGUGCCCCCCCCAGGUCCAAACAGCACUCUCAAAGCCCCCCUGGAGGAGCAAACCAUGGAGUACGGCAGAGAUUGUUUGGGACACAAGGGAUAGGAAUAACGCGUCCAUCUCUCUAUGAAAUAUUUGUUACUGGGCUAUACUCAUUUCACUAUGAAAUGUUUGUUGAAUGAAUAAAUAAUUUGAAACUUU